AUGACUUCGCAUCUCAAAGAUUUAAACAUUCUUCAAACAGGAAGCUGCAAAAGUUCAGAAGCUCAUUGCCAGUCAUGCUGGGAAGAUAAAGUCAUCCACACACUUCAACAGAAUUUUGGGUUUCCUUCUAAAGUGGCAUCACAACCACCACAAUGCAGUUGCGAAUUCUUUCGAGCUGGUAGCCCCGAUGCUUCUAGAGACUGCAUAAUCGUAUCCAUGGACCUCGAGAUAAGUAAAGAGCAAACCCAACUCAACGAAAUCGGCAUCUGUACGCUAGAUACCAGAGACCUUCAAAAUUUUAAGCAAAAACCGACGCCUGACACGAAUAAACUCCUAUCGACAUACAGCUUUGGACUCCAUCAUUACAAAACAAUCAGCAAAAGAUUCCGAUAUGGCGAGGCAGAAUACAUGGAAGAACAUAAAGUCAAGGAUUUGCUUCAUCGGGUCUUACGAACUGGAAGCCCUUUCCCUCAGUCAACGGAGACCCGUCAAGUGAUCCUGAUAGCCAAUGGGAUUUUCCAUGAUUUGUUCAAUUUGAGAAAGAUGGGAUUGAUGCCGGAUCUCAGUGAGUUCCCAAACAUCAUGGUAGUUGAUACAUGCGAUCUUUUUAGGCGUCUUGUCAAGGAAGAGAUGAGAGCACGUCUCUGGGUGAUUCUAAAAUUCUUCCACAUCCCAUAUUGUUAUGAUUCUCUUCAUCAUGGUGGCAAUGACGCAAACUUGACUCUAAAAGCUCUCAUCAUGCUCACUAUAGAGAGCUGCAAGAACUUUAGUUGGAGUCCGGAGCAAAACCAGAACAGGGUAUUGUUGUUGCUCGUUGCUCGUGAGGCAGCGCCCCUUGCCGAAUGGCAGCUGCGAAAAACGACGAAGGAAGCAACGAUCGCCAAAAAGAAAGCGUUCCGAGAAAUGAGGUUCAAUCUAUGGGCGGAUAAUGGCGAUAAAGACGAUGCCUGUUUUGGAUUCCUCCUUGAACUCCAGUAA